CGUGGACACCUCCCUGCCUCAAGAUGAAGUUCCUGGUCUGUUUCCUCGUGGCCGUCGCGCUGGUGACGGUGCACGCCGAGGACGCCAAGAAGGCAGCGGAGAAGCCCAAGGGGAAGCGAGGACUGGACCUGGGUCUGGGGUACGGUCUGGGCGGCGCCGACCUCGGUCUGAGCGGCCUUAGUCUCGGACACGGCCUGGGCGUCAGCAGCCUGGGCACCGUCGGCACCCUCGGCCUGGCCAACCACGUCGUCUCCGAGCACGUCAGGACCGUCGCCGUCGACCGCCCCGUGCCCGUCGCCGUGCCCCAGCCCUACCCCGUCAUCAAGACCGUCGGUGUGCCCGUCAAGGUCCCUGUCGCCGUGCCCGUGGACCGCCCCGUGCCCUACCCCGUGAUCAAGCACGUCGCCGUGCCCGUCGACAGGCCCGUGGCCGUCCCCGUCGACCGCCCCGUGCCCGUGCACGUGCCCGUCCCCGUCAAGGUGCCCGUCGCCGUGCCCCAGCCCUACCCCGUGGUCAAGACCGUCGGCGUGCCCGUGGCCGUCGACAGGCCCGUCGCCGUGCCCCAGCCCUACGCCGUCCACGUCGACAGGCCCGUCGCCGUGCCCCACCCCGUGCCCGUGGUCGUCAAGAGCCACGGCCUGGACCUGAGCGGUCUGUCCCUCGGCCACGGCAUCAGCCACUACUAACUGCACCCGGGCCGCCUCUCCUCCUCCCCGAUUUCGAAUCUCGCGCGCUUUCCAACGCAGUUUGAAAUCAGGGACCAGAAGAGCCACCCCUUUACGACAUGUUAGGACAGUGCACCCCCUGUACAAAAUCAAAAACGCUGUAAAAAAAUGAUGUGCCAAAAUAAAUAAUGUUGUAAAUUAUUACAAAA